AACUUAUUUUGUGUUCUGAUAGAGUGCAACUGCGACAGUUUAACUAAACUCAUGAGGCAUAAGUUUUAUUCUUCAAGAAACAAUAGGUACACAUCAUUAAUUUAUAAGUCCAAAAAUCAAUAUAGCAACUAAGGAUUGUCCCUUUAAGAGUGGUUGGUAACACAUGUCUUGUAUCGAGUUCCAAUUUUUCCAAUGUCCUGAAGCAAGCAGUGUGAAUUUAUGUGCCGGAGUGCGCGUGUAUGUUGGCACUUACUUUUAACACCUGUUUACUCUCCUCCUUCUGUGUAUCUGGUGUUCAGUGGGUCUCGUGGGUCUCAAUAUUACGUACACAAACCAUGCCUCAUCCUCGGCUUUUCACUUGAAAAGAAAGAUGAAGUCUCAGUGUGUGAGUUCCAAAUACCUUUAAUGGAACCCCCAGUGUGUUUUUCUUUAAGCGUGUCAUGUCAGAAUGCACUCACUGUUCCAGAAUUGGAUUGUUACUCAACAGGACAGUUAACCCGCCCUGCCCUCAAACCAAGUCAUGCUGCUUGCCAAUUAUCUACAGAGUGGUUGCAGUUGCGUAAAAAAUCACCUAGCAACCACACCAGUCGCCAUGUUGGGAGACCAGAGUCAGUAUGGUGGAGUCCUCCAAUUGUCCAUAUAGCUGGCUGGGUUUUGCUACCAACGGAAACUUCUGAAAGAUUGCCCAUUAUUUCGUUUUUCGAAGGACCCAGAAAAUGGAGGCAGUGGGAGAACCUAUUAAAAUCCCUUCGUCCAUGCUCCUCAUUUCACUGGGUGUAAGUCCAGGGAGCAGGUGACGUUUAGCUGUUGGUGGAGCGCCGGAAGCUUCCAGAAUCUCACGGAACCCGGAGCACUGCAAAUGUUCUACUGGAAGAAAAAUGAUUUGACGAAAGAAUGGAGGGAGUGCCCUGACUACUCCUCCUCUGUGAAGAAUGAAUGUUUCUUCAAUAAGAACAACACAGUUAUCUGGACGACCUACUGUGUGCGGCUCAGCUCUAAAAGCCAGAACAUCACCUACGAUGAAUUGUGCUUCGAAUUGCAGGACAUCGUGCACCCUGAUCCCCCGGUGGCCCUGAACUGGACGCUGUUGAACGUCAGCCGGUCGGGCCUGAACUAUGACAUCAUGGCGAGCUGGGAACCCCCGCCUUCGGCUGACGUAUCUGUUGGAUGGUUGACACUGGUGUACGAACUCCAGUUCAGGAGGAGGAACAGCUCACACUGGAAAGUGUUGGAGCAUGAGUUUGGCACUCAGAAGUCAAUCUACGGCCUUAGUACAGGAGAGGAGUAUGAGGUGCGCGUGCACUGCUCAAUGAGGGCCUUCAAUAACUUUGGGGAGUUCAGUGAUGCCAUCUUUGUCCAUGUGUCAGAGAUUCCCAGUAAAGAGUCCACGUUCACUGUGAUUCUGGUCCUGAUCUUCGGUGCUGUGGGCGUGGCCAUUUUCCUCAUGCUCAUCAUCUUCUCUCAGCAGCAGAGACUUAUGGUGAUUCUUCUGCCUCCUGUCCCUGCACCCAAAAUCAAAGGGAUUGACACAGAACUACUUAAGAAGGGAAAGCUGAAUGAGCUGAACUUCCUCCUGAGUGUUGGUGGCAUGGGGAGUCUCCACCCCUUCCCCCCUGACCUGUACCAGGACGAGUCCUGGAUGGAGUUCAUCGAGCUGGACGCAGACGAGCCUGAGCCUGGGGAGAAGGAGGACAACCUGGGCUCGGACACACAGAGACUGCUGAGCCUGGGUCACAACAACCACCGCACAAACCAUGGCUGCUCUCACACCCUCAGCAUCCCUGAUAUUGACUAUGAUCCAGAGCUGCCUGACCAGGAGACCCUAAUGUUGAUGGCUGCCCUCCUGUCCAGCCAACCUGAAAAAGUUGAACCCUGCCUGGGGAACCGGCGGAGCCACUCCAACCCCCCGGCCAUAGAGGUGCUGGAGGUCCCAUGCCCAAGGCUCCAAGCUCCAGGCUUAGCUCCAGAGGGAGGGGAGAGGCCCCUGGUCCAGACCCAGCUGGGAGGCCCUCAUAGCUGGGUCAACAUAAACUUCUAUGCCCAGGUCAGCGAUGUAAUGCCCGCCGGAGGGGUGGUGCUCUCACCAGGCCAGCAGGUCAGAGCCCCGGAGGACACUCCAACAACAGAGGAGGAUAAGAAGAAGAUUGGGAAGAUGGAAGGAGGAGAGGAGGAGGAGGAGAGGAGAAAUAAGAAGUUGCCGUCUCAGCUGCUGGUGGUGGAUCCUGAGGCUGGGGGCUACACGAUAGAGAGCAGUGGCCGGCAAAUCAGUACCCCUGACCCCUCCUCACCCGGGAAGGUUUACCACGCCUUCCCCCCACCUCCCCCCUAUCUCCUGCAUACCACCCCCCUAGGGGACUACCAGUCCCCGUACAUCCUUCCCAACUCCCCUGCUCAGUUCCUGCCCCCUGUUUUGGACUACACUGUGGUUCAAGAUAUUGACUCCCAGCAUAGCCUUCUCCUCAACCCUCCUUCCCCCCAGAGGUCCCCCUCCUGCCCCCCACAACCCCCCUCCAAGCACCUGCCCACAAUGCCCAUAGGGUACCUCACCCCGGACCUGUUAGGUAAACUCUUGCCUUAAAGAAAAAAACACCUCCCAGGAGGCCUUGGGGCGUAGAGGUCAGAGUUCACACGCCAGGAAGUCAGUAAUCAUACCAGAAAGACAGUCUUGUUCUACCUGAAACCAAAUAUGUUACGGGACAGACAGGCACGAUGUUUGUUUGAGAGGGGGAUGGAAGGGAAGCUGGGAAAGAGAAACGUUUAGAUGUUGUGUUUGGGUUUUAUAUAAGUGAUACUGGAACUUGAGGAAAGAGUAAAUUGGCCUUUCUGGUUUGACUUAGCUUAAAGAAAGACUUGUGUUGAACAAAUCUUAGUGUGCUCUGUCUGACUAAGACCGAGACUCCCAAAAACCCACUAUCUGAAACCUUUAAAUGCCCAGAUUUCUAAUAUAACGUUACACACAGAUGAACGUAUGCACCACAUAUACGCGGGCAGACAAGCUCAGACAUGAUUUUAGUUGUAUGUUAUCUGACGCUUUAAGGUAUCUAUCCCUUGACUGAUUAGGUGCUAUGUAAACAAUUUCCUUGCAGACACACCCAGUCCCACCUUAAUGUUUCCUACUAUGAUCGAUUAUAGAAAUGUCAGAGAGAAGUGAGUACAGAAGCAAGCUCACAUAUGUCAUAUAACAUAUAGAUGUUUAAUACUGGAGCAUAUUGGCUUAAGUCUUAACUGUACUGUAGACGGAUCAAGUAACAGAAUGUAAUGGAGAAUAACAAGCAAAUUUAUACAAUCACACACACACGCAGACAUUUACAUCAUCGUUAUCGCCUCAUUAAUUGACAGAGCACUUAAGUGUGCUGUUUGUCAAACUUACCGCCACAAUCAGCGCAAAGUGACUAUUGGUGACUAUUGUUGUUCAUUUAGCACUCGUUAUUUUGCUAUACGUUGCUUGCAUUUUCAUGCUUAUAUUUAGCUUUGAAUUCUUGCGGCAGAGUCAUCUAAUCGCUACCAGACUGAGGUCACAGUAUGGAACACAGCCAUUAGACAACCUGUCUGCACUCAAUGUGAAAACUCACUCUGAUUACCAUAAUAAAUGGAGAACAAGGCAGGUCAUAACAGCGAACAUGUUUCACUUGUGUAAUGAGACAUUAACGAGCACAGACUAGAGUCUCACAAUACAGGAAAGACUGCUUUUGUAUGUUCUACUUACUUUGCCUUCAUUUUAACUGCAGGGACAAGAACUGAAAAUGUGCAGAGGUACUUAGAAUAUGUCUUUCUCUCUGUGUUUCUGCUGUUCUCAAUGUAGUUGCAAUGCCAACGUUAAUGUGCUGUCGCUUGCGCAUUAUGAUAGUGGAAUGAGCCUCUUUUGACGUAGUGAAACGUACUUAGACACUCAGGGUUUUCUAUAUGCACCCAACUUUGCAAACACACACACACACACGCAAGCACAUACAUACACACCAUUUCAAAACGUGGAAAAGACAGUAUCCACUUUGCUUUUGAGCUGACGUAUACACACGCACACACAUUGUUGUAAAAAAAAACUGGUGGUGAGUUGAAAAUGUGCUAGUUUGUGUAUCUGAUCUGCAUUAGUGAUUGACAAGACGCUCCGUAGAUACAGUAGAUUAUACGUGUAUCAUCAGAAGAAAGAUCAUCUUCAUCCCGGAGAGAAACCGUCAGAUCCAGUGGUUGCGUGAGGAGCUAGAGUAUGUGUUUGGUGUUGGACAUUGUACGGUAUAGUCAUAAUUGUUCGUAGGCAAUGAACGCUUUAAAGGUGGAUGUGAACCUUUCAGGGCCAUCAUUAUUGGAGAGUCUUGUCUCUGUGUAUGACUGUGUUCAUUCUGUCAGAUCCAUUCAGCGUAUACACUCUUAGAAAAAAGGGUUCUUCGGCUGUCCCCAUAGGAAAACCCUUUGGUUUCAGGUAGAACCCUCUGUGGAAAGGGUUCUGCUAGUU